UUUUCUGUCCUCAGGGUCACCUGUACCUGUUGUUUACCUGUUGUUAAUAAAGUUUUCUGUCCUCAGGGUACCUGUUGUUUACCUGUUGUUAAUAAAGUUUUCUGUCCUCAGGGUCACCUGUACCUGUUGUUUACCUGUUGUUAAUAAAGUUUUCUGUCCUCAGGGUACCUGUUGUUUACCUGUUGUUAAUAAAGUUUUCUGUCCUCAGGGUACCUGUUGUUUACCUGUUGUUAAUAAAGUUUUCUGUCCUCAGGGUCACCUGUACCUGUUGGUGACAGAUCAGGGUUUCCUCCAGGAGGAGGGUUUGGUUUGGGAGUCUCUUCAUAACGUGGAAGGAGACGGAAACUUUUGUGACUCAGACUUCAGGUUGUGUCAUCCUCCUCAGAGAGCUCCGCCCACCGCCGCCCUGCCGCCCACCGCCCAGGAGCAGCAGCGACAGAUCGACCAGGACUACCUGGUGGCUGUGUCUCUGCAGCAGCAGCAGGGUGGGGCCCCGGGGCCCCUCAGUGACCUGGAGUUGGCCCGGCAGCUCCAACAGGAAGAGUACCAGCAACAGCAGCAACUGGAGCAACUCCAGCAACAACAACAACAACAACAACAACAACAACAACAACAACAACAACAACAACAGCCACAGGGAGCAGUGCCGGCUUCACAGCAGGUGAGAGGCUCCGGGUCCCAACAGGGCGGAGCCAGAAGACGAGAAAAGGACUCAGACUGUGUCCUCUUAUAGACUCUUCAUCACACACACACACACACACACACACAGACACACACACACACACACACACACACACACACACACACACACACACACACACACACACACACACACACAGACAGACACACACGCGCGCACACACACACACAGAGACACACACACACAGACACACACACACAGACAAACACACACAGACACACACACACACAGAGACACACACACACAGAGACACACACACACAGACACACACACACACACAGACACACACAGACACAGACACACACACAGACACACACAGACACACACACACACACAGACACACACAGACACAGACACACACACAGACACACACACACACACACACACACACACACACACACACACACACACACACACAGACACACACAGACACACACACACAGCCUGUCAGCUCGAUGCCAAACCCCAGUGCUUUGUGGUUCCAGGUGUUUUAGAAGGUUUGGAGACUCCUGAUUGGACGUUCUGUCUGUAAACACGUUUGAUUUGUUCACUGUUUAUAAAGAUGGACGACGCCUCUCCUCCUCCACCUGUUGUACAUAAGUGAAGCCAAAAUACGGCCCAGCACAAGCGCUGACAUUUUAACCAGAGUUGAGUAGUAGAUUGUUGCUGUAAUUAAGCCCCGCCCCUUCCUCUAACACACAUGUACCUUCCUGCUAAAAGGUCAAAGGUCACUCAGGUGGGUUCAGUCGGUUUGUAGCAGAAAGUUCAUGAUCCUGUUUGUCACCGUUCCUCCUCUGAUCAUCAGUCAGCAACACAGGAGCCUCAUUGGUCAACACAGCUGUCAAUCAUGACGUUAUCAUCAGAUCAUUUAUCUGACCUGUUUUUAGAUUUGAUAUUCUCAUUUGUUAACAUGGAGGAGGCGGAGCUCUGAAAGUUUUGGCUUCACUUUUGGGGAGCUGUCCUGUCGUCCAUGUCUUUAAACAGUCUGUUUGAUUACUGGUGAAUAAACCGAUGAACUCUCCACGGCUCUGGAGAGAGAUUGACUUCCUGUCUUCACUUCCUGUCUGUGUCAUGACCUCUGACAUCAAAGGGUUAAAGGUUAAUCUGAGAGGUGGAAAUAAAGAACGCAUUAACUGAAUGAAUCCUGAUGACCUCGUUAACCCUUUCAUUCACGUCGUGGCGGCGUCUCGAUUACCCAUAAUGCCUCUCUCUGAGAUAGUUCUGCUUUGUAUUUAAUCUGUGAAGCGUCAGUAAAAAGUUUGAACUCUC